AUGGCAAUGAAGCACAAUGAUCUGAUUAAUAUUGCAACCGAUAUAAGACUUACUGAAAUACAUGGGCCAGGUGUUGACAAGGAACCUCUGAAUUUAUUCAAAAUUGACAACAUGACAGCAAAGAUCUGGGUCAUGCAGCCAGUGGACCGUGAGAAACAUGAUCAUUUUAAGAAGGCACAGAAAUACACCCUUAUUGUGAAAGCCACAGACCAUGGACAACCGAAACCACUCUCCAGUUUUACAACAGUGAUAAUCAAUAUAGCGGACGGAAACAGACAUCUUCCAGUGUUCACAAAGCAAAAAGGCGAAGCAAGUGUAAAAGAAGGACUGCAAGGUGUACUCAUUUCACGUCUGCAAGUUACAGAUGAAGACACCAGAGGUACAAAGGCCUGGAGAGCAAAAUAUAAAAUCCAAGGAGAUACAAACAACAACUUCAGAAUUGAUACUGAUCCUGAGACAAACGAAGGCCUACUCUAUGUGCAAAAGGCUCUCGACUAUGAGGAAGAUCCUUUGAAGAACAUCAUCAUCUCUUCAGAGAAUGAGAUUCCCUACUUUACUUGCAAAGUCAUAAACCGCAAUACUGCUGGUCUUUGGGAAAUUAAGACUGUCAAUAGUAGCACUUUCAGUGAGGCACAAGGUGUAACUGGAACAAAAGAAAUGCGUUUGUCCACCUAUUACCUGACAGUGAAUGUUGAGGAUGUCAAUGAACCGCCUGUCUUUGAUCCAUCAAACAAAACGGUUACCGUAUUUGAGGAUGUUGCGUUGGGUUACUAUUUGGAGAUACUAAUUGCUAAAGACCCUGAUGUUAAUGGUGCAAAUCAAAUCCGAUACAUGAUUGGAGAAGAUCCAGCUGGUUUUGUUACAGUGGACUCCAACUCAGGAAAAAUAAUCACAUCAAAGAGUUUAGACCGAGAGUCACAGUUUGUUAAAGAUGGACUGUAUGUCAUCAAAAUAUAUGCCACUGACAAUGGUGAACCGUCCCACACUGGCACAGCAACACUCAGCAUCAAGAUUAUCGAUGUAAACGACAAUGCUCCAUCCUUGGACAAAAGCUUUAUUGAUAUGUGUCAAAGAGAUAAAAUCUCAUCGCCUGAGAGGAUACCCUUCCCAGAUGACAUUUCAGGGCAAUAUUUAAUUAUGAGUAACACAGAGGGACCUGGAUCUGAUUGCAAAUUGCCUUUAGGAAAACUGGACCACAUUGGUCAUGGACGACAGAAGCAGGUACCUCAAGGCAAGCCAUUGAUAGUGAUGCCGACUAUAGAUGAGCAAUGGAUGAUUUCCCAUGGAUCUUCUACUUCAGGCAUGAAGAAGAGACAUCAGCAGCAAGAAAUAAAGAAAGCAAACCAAAAGGUUAGGAUACUACAAAGCCAACAUGUUUUGGAAGAUCUACUGCUUAAUCUAAUGAAAACAAAAGUACUCACUUUGGAGGAAUCAGGCAAGGAGUUGGGUGAUUAUGAACCUGUCAUGUACGCUGAUGAGGGAGACUCUGAGCACAAGUUUGAACUUGAUACUCUCUCUGACCCUGGAGUUUCCUUUGACCAAGACAUGGAAUUGGAUUACAAGUUUUUACCUCUGGCCUCAAUCUGUUCACCUGACAUUGCUGCCCAAACCACAGAAACUUACUUCUGUAAAGAGCAGAGUUUGGUACAGCAGGACAUAUUUAUUUUAUGA